CAGUAAAAAAUCAAGAGUGAAGAUGAAGAAGAAGCAUUAAAUGAAACCUCAACUACUAAUUUAAUGGACUACAACAAUUAUCUACUACUACUUCACAUUUCCACUCAUCAACAUUUAACACAAUAAAAACACACUCUCUCUCUCUCUAUGUCUCUCUGCAAAUACUAGGGUUCGUUUUUGUUUUUUUAGUUUCAGAUCUGAUAAAUAAUAGUGUAGAAAUGUGGAACUCGGCGGAGAAUGCGUUUGCGAGAACGCCGUCGUUUCGAGAGCAAGGAGAAGACGAGGAGGCUCUCCGUUGGGCUGCUUUAGAGAGGCUUCCUACUUACGAUAGAGUGAGGAGAGGUAUUUUUCGGAAUGUUGUUGGUGAUCAUAAGGAGAUCGAUGUCGGUGAGCUUCAAUCUCAAGAACAGAAACUUGUACUUGACCGCUUGAUCAACUCUGUUGAUGAUGAUCCUGAUCGCUUUUUUGACCAGAUGCGACGACGAUUUGAUGCAGUUCAUUUAGAAUUUCCAAAGAUUGAAGUUCGGUUUCAGAAAUUGACAAUUGAUUCUUUCGUACAUAUUGGGAGUAGAGCACUUCCAACCAUUCCCAACUUUAUUUUCAACAUGACUGAGGUAGAAUCAUUAGCAUUCUUACAGCAUUCAAAGAGUAUAAAUUUGCUAAUUAUAGUUCUAACUUUUUUUGCCGUCUUCGUGAAGGCAUUAUUAAGACAGCUGCGGAUUUACAAAGGAAACAGGACUAAGCUAACAAUUUUAGAUGAUCUUUCUGGGAUCAUUAGACCGUCAAGAUUAACACUUCUAUUGGGUCCUCCGAGCUCUGGAAAGACAACACUUCUCUUGGCUCUCGCUGGUCGUCUUGGGCAUAACUUGAAGAUGUCAGGAAAGAUUACAUAUAAUGGACACGGUCUAAAUGAGUUUGUUGCUCCAAGGACGUCAGCUUAUGUCAGUCAACAGGAUUGGCAUGCGGCGGAGAUGACUGUAAGAGAAACUCUAGAGUUGGCAGGGCGCUGUCAAGGCGUUGGAUUCAAAUUCGAUAUGCUUUUGGAACUUGCAAGAAGAGAGAAGAUAGCUGGGAUAAAACCUGAUGAAGAUCUUGAUCUAUUCAUGAAGUCAUUGGCUUUGGGAGGGCAGGAGACAAGCCUGGUGGUGGAGUACAUUAUGAAGAUUUUAGGGUUGGAUAUAUGUGCGGACACGUUGGUGGGAGAUGAAAUGCUGAAAGGGAUCUCAGGGGGGCAGAAGAAGCGGCUGACUACAGGUGAAUUACUAGUUGGUCCAGCUAGAGUGCUAUUCAUGGACGAAAUCUCAAAUGGGCUUGAUAGUUCAACCACUUAUCAGAUCAUCAAAUAUCUCAGGCAUUCCACUUGUGCCCUUGAUGGGACUACUGUGAUUUCUUUGCUACAACCUGCUCCUGAGACUUAUGAGCUAUUUGAUGAUGUUAUACUUCUAUGUGAGGGCCAGAUUGUUUACCAGGGACCCCGUGAUACUGUUGCAGAAUUCUUUUCCUAUAUGGGAUUUCGUUGUCCUGAAAGAAAGAAUGUGGCAGAUUUCUUGCAAGAAGUUACAUCAAAGAAGGACCAGGAGCAGUACUGGUCUGUUGCUAACCGCCCUUAUAGGUACAUACCUCCAGGGAAGUUUGUUGAAGCAUUUCGUUCAUAUCGCAUUGGUAAAAGUUUGUCUCUGGAGCUGGAAGUUCCAUUUGAUAAACGAUAUAAUCAUCCAGCAGCAUUGUCAACUUAUCGCUUUGGUGCGAAGCGGAGUGAACUCCUUAAGAUUAGUUUUAACUGGCAGAAACUGCUGAUGAACCGGAAUUCUUUUAUCUAUGUUUUCAAAUUUGUUCAGCUUUUUAUUGUUGCUUUGAUCACAAUGAGCGUAUUCUUCCGCACAACUAUGGAUCAUAAAACAGUGUUUGAUGGAGGCUUGUAUGUUGGAUCACUAUAUUUUUCGAUGGUUAUUAUUCUUUUCAAUGGAUUUACAGAGGUUUCAAUGUUGGUAGCAAAGCUUCCCGUGAUUUACAAGCAUAGAGAUUUGCACUUCUACCCAAGCUGGGCUUAUACAAUUCCAGCUUGGCUCCUAAGCAUACCAACUUCACUCAUGGAGUCUGGUAUGUGGGUAGCAGUUACAUAUUAUGUGAUGGGUUAUGAUCCUAAUGUUACAAGAUUUUUUCGGCAAUUUUUGUUAUAUUUCUCUCUGCAUCAAAUGUCUAUAUCUCUAUUUCGUGUCAUUGGAUCGUUGGGCCGUAAUAUGAUAGUUGCUAACACCUUUGGAUCUUUCGCUAUGCUGGUUGUCAUGGCUCUUGGAGGAUACAUCAUUUCAAGAGAAUAUAUACCAAGCUGGUGGAUAUGGGGUUUCUGGGUUUCUCCUUUGAUGUAUGCUCAAAAUGCAGCUUCUGUAAAUGAGUUCCUUGGACAUUCUUGGGAUAAGAAAGCUGGAAACAAUACAAUGUUAUCAUUAGGUGAGACAGUACUGAAAGCACGCAGUUUGUUUCCAGAGAGUUACUGGUAUUGGAUUGGUGUUGGUGCUUUGCUUGGAUAUGCAGUUUUAUUUAAUUUCCUGUUUACUGUCUUCCUAGCUUAUCUCAAUCCUAUAGGGAGGCAACAGCCUGUUGUCUCCAAAGAAGAGCUUCAAGAGAGAGAUAAAAGAAGGAAAGGUGAAAACGCUGUUAUUGAACUGAGAGAAUACUUGCAGCACUCAGGCUCAAUAAAUGGAAAAUAUUUCAAGCAAAAAGGCAUGGUUCUCCCAUUUCAACCUCUUUCCAUGUCUUUCGAAAACAUCAAUUAUUUCGUGGAUAUUCCUUUGGAGCUAAAGCAACAAGGAGUAGUAGAAGACAAGUUGCAACUAUUAGUUAAUGUUACCGGAGCAUUUAGACCUGGUGUGCUGACAGCAUUGGUUGGAGUCAGUGGUGCUGGAAAAACCACCCUAAUGGAUGUUCUAGCCGGCAGGAAAACUGGAGGGGUUAUAGAAGGGACUAUUCAUAUAUCUGGUUAUCCCAAAAAACAAGAAACUUUUGCAAGAGUUUCUGGUUACUGUGAACAAAAUGAUAUUCAUUCUCCCGGCUUGACCAUUCUUGAGUCACUCCUUUUCUCCGCGUGGCUCCGAUUACCAUCAGAAGUUGACAUGGAGACACAACAGGCAUUUGUUGAGGAGGUGAUGGAACUUGUGGAACUCACAUCUUUAUCUGGGGCUUUGGUUGGUCUACCUGGAGUGAAUGGUCUUUCUACAGAACAAAGAAAAAGGUUAACAAUUGCCGUUGAGUUGGUUGCCAACCCAUCUAUAGUAUUCAUGGACGAGCCCACUUCAGGUUUGGAUGCAAGGGCGGCAGCCAUUGUGAUGAGGACUGUGAGAAAUAUUGUGAAUACUGGGCGGACAAUUGUUUGUACAAUCCAUCAGCCCAGCAUAGACAUCUUUGAAUCUUUUGAUGAGCUUUUAUCUAUGAAGCGUGGAGGAGAGAUAAUUUAUGCUGGUCCCCUUGGGCCCAAGUCUUGUGAGCUCAUCAAAUAUUUUGAGGCAGUUGAAGGAGUGCCAAAAAUCAGGUCUGGAUAUAACCCUGCUGCCUGGAUGCUUGAGGUUACAUCCUCAUCUGAAGAAAAUCGCCUGGGUGUAGACUUUGCUGAAAUAUACCGAAGAUCAAGUCUAUUUCAACGGAAUGGAGAGUUGGUUGAGAUUCUUAGCAAGCCAAGUAAUAAUGCAAAAGAACUGAAUUUUGCAUCGAAGUAUGCUCAGUCGUUCCUUGAGCAGUUUCUAGCUUGUCUUUGGAAGCAAAAUCUAUCAUAUUGGCGAAAUCCGCAAUACAUUGCAGUUCGAUUUUUCUACACUGUCGUAAUCUCAAUAAUGCUUGGAACAAUAUGUUGGAGAUUUGGAUCAAAAAGGAAAAAUGACCAAGAACUAUACAAUGCCAUGGGAUCCAUGUAUACAGCGGUCUUAUUCAUUGGAAUUACCAACGGAUCUGCUGUUCAACCUGUUGUUUCUAUUGAAAGAUUUGUGUCUUAUCGAGAAAGAGUUGCAGGGUUGUACUCAGCUCUACCAUUUGCCUUUGCACAGGUUGUUAUUGAGUUCCCUUACGUUUUUGGACAAACAGUUAUAUACAGUUCAAUUUUCUACUCUUUGGCAGCAUUUGAAUGGACUGCUCUUAAAUUUAUUUGGUACAUAUUCUUUAUGUAUUUCACUAUGUUAUACUUCACUUUAUACGGAAUGAUGACGACUGCUAUCACACCAAAUCACAACGUGGCCUCCAUCAUCGCGGCUCCUUUUUAUAUGCUGUGGAACCUUUUCAGCGGCUUCAUGAUUCCCUACAAGAGGAUUCCUGUAUGGUGGAGAUGGUAUUACUGGGCAAACCCUAUAGCCUGGACUCUAUAUGGCCUCCUGACUUCACAGUAUGGUGAUGAUGACACACUAAUGAAAAUGUCAGAUAGGGAUGAAUUGAUACCUGUAAAGCAAGUUCUCAGGGAAGUUUUCGGAUUUCGACAUGAUUUUUUGGGUGUAGCCGGUAUCAUGGUCGUCGGGUUCUGUGUGUUUUUUGCAAUCAUUUUUGCAUUUGCAAUAAAAGCCUUCAAUUUCCAAAGGAGAUGAAAAAGUAAUUCUAUGAUUAAUAAAAACGUCAUUUAUGUUCCAGAAGCAUUGCCUGCGAUUAGUAUAUUUAACUUUCUGGAAUGCAUCAUUUGUUUAGUUAGAAAUUCUUGUAAGUGUAAAACAAUAAUAGUUAUAACUGGCGUAUAAUCGUAUAGAAAUAUAUGUCUAAAAUGUAAAGUUACAUUUCAUUAUUGGCUUGUAAUAAUUGAGCUAUAUUUUUGUUUCA